GCCCUGCUCCUCCUCACUGACACUGCUCCAUCCCUACUUCUUCCAGAUGCCAAGAUCCGCAUCUUCGACCUGGGCCGGAAGAAGGCGAAGGUGGAUGAGUUCCCGCUCUGCGGCCAUAUGGUGUCAGAUGAGUACGAGCAGCUCUCCUCCGAAGCACUGGAGGCUGCCCGCAUCUGCGCCAACAAGUACAUGGUGAAGAGCUGUGGGAAGGACGGGUUCCACAUCCGCGUGCGCCUGCACCCCUUCCACGUCAUCCGCAUCAACAAGAUGUUGUCCUGUGCGGGUGCUGACAGGUUGCAGACCGGGAUGCGUGGUGCCUUCGGCAAGCCCCAGGGCACGGUAGCCCGGGUGCACAUUGGCCAGGUCAUCAUGUCCAUCCGCACCAAGGCCCAGAACAAGGAGCAUGUGGUGGAAGCCCUGCGCAGGGCCAAGUUCAAGUUCCCUGGGCGCCAGAAGAUCCACAUCUCUAAGAAAUGGGGCUUCACCAAGUUCAACGCGGAUGAGUUUGAGGAGAUGGUGGCUGAGAAGCGACUGCUGCCGGAUGGCUGUGGCGUCAAGUACAUCCCCAGCCGGGGGCCCCUGGACAAGUGGCGAGCCCUGCAUGCCGCCUGAGCCCCUCUGCCCCCCCUUUUCCCCAGGAAUAAAAGCAUUGGCCUCAA